UCGGAGGGCUUCCAGCCGGAGGCUAUGGCAGCUGUUGCGGAGGGGGGACUGGAUCCCGGCUCGCAGCUGACCCUCCAGGGGGCCGUGCUGGGGCUACUGUUGAGCCACCCAGGGGGUGUCCCCCUGUGGGAUUUCGGGAGGCUCUUCCACCAGCACCAUGGCCGGCACUUGGAUCUGCCCCGGCACGGCUACCGCUCACUGCGCCACCUGCUGGGUGACAUGAAGCAGCUGGUGGUCCUGGACGAGGAGGGCAAGGAACCAUGGGUCCGGUGCCGGCGCCCAGUCUGCGACCUGCUGCCGGAGGCCGAGCCCCCCAAGAGACGCAUCCGUCACCCCCAGAUCCACAAGGCGGCGCCACCCAAACGGCAGCAGGCAGAGGUUCCUAAAUCAGCUCCCAGGCCUUGGAACUCCUGCCACCACCUGGCUGCCCCCCUGGGCCACCCGCCGGCCGGAUCUGCCCCCGGGCACCAAGCCAACGCCUGGCUGCCCCGAGCUGUCUCGCUGAGCCACUUCCCCAGCUCCCGCCUUCCCGUGGCCGCCCCCCGGCAGCCGCCCCUGCUGACCUUCGCCAACCAGCCACUAGGCCUGGAUGCGUACCGGGGGGCUGCCCUGAAUAGCCCCGCACCGGCCCCCAGCCGGCUGCCCCGUCCCGCCCGCCCGGCCAGCCCCCUGCUGGACCCCCCCGCGGCCGAGCGGGCCGAGCUGGAGCAGAAUGUGGCGAGGGUCCUGCGGGGCCACCCCGGGGGCAUCUCCCUCUUCCGCUUCCGCCAGGCCUACGGCGCCGCCUACAGUCACCCCUUCCCCCUGGACAGCUCAGCCUCGGUGAAGGAGCAGCUGGCAGCCAUGCCGGGGGCGGUCAGGGUGGAGGGCUGGGGGGUGCAGACGAUGCUCUUCCCAGUCUGCCCCCAGGAGCUCCCCAGCGAGGAGACUGGUCUCUCCCCAUCUCUGCCAGAGGCAGUCGUCGCUCUUGCCAGCCCCGAUGUGGCGCUGGCCGCCCCAGCUGUGAUCUGUCCAUCUCCUCCCAUCUCUGCCAGCUCCCCAGAGGCCACCCUGGCUCCUGCAGACCCAGAGCAGCCCCCUGUUCUUUGCAGCCCUCCUCCAGGGCACAGGAUGGCACCGGGGUCCCCAGCUGAGCUCCCCAUAUCCCCCACUGCCUCAGCAGCCCCCUGGUCACCAGAGAUGAGAUGGGAGCAUGAAUCCAUGGGGCCCAUCACUGAAGAGACGGACAUCAUGGAGGGCAUCGCCACAGCUACACCAGCUGCUGGCACUGUGCCAUAUGACCUGGGGGCCGAGCUCUCCCUGCCGAGCUCUCCUCUGGCAUCUUCUGUAUCCCCAUCCCCUGCAGGUUCCCCCUGUGGUCCCACCCCACCGCUGAGCCUGGACCAUGUGGUUGCCACGGAUGCCGUCCUCUACGGCCUUAACUCUGCCCCCACCUCUGCAAGCUGUCCCAGCCCAGAGCCGUCCUUUUUCCCAGCUUUGCCAGGACCCAUGUCUGGUGUCCAUCCUCUGAUGGCUGUGCUCUCCCCUGAGCCAGCCUGGUCUCCCAUCCAAGACAUCCCUGGUGCCGCAGAUUCCCCCAGGGAGAGACCACCCUUCAGGCCCCUGCCUCUGGGUGAGCCCAGCUUGGCAUCCCCCUACAAACAUCGGGAGGACGGGGGGGCACCAUGGGCGGCCAUCAAGCCAGAGCCUCGUCUGCCCCGUAUCUCCCCACCCCACCCCCCACCUAUGGGGAGUAAGAGGAAGCCAUCCAAGCACAAACCUGACCAGUGUGUCCUCCUGUGAGGUGGGCAUUGUGAGUUGACCAUGUCUGUGUGAAAUUGGUGUGGAGGGGUGUGUGUGAAAUUGACAUGGGUGGGGACAACACAAUGGGCUAGGUCAGGCUGGAUAGGAGGGAGAUUGUAGGACAAGCACCCAUGUGUUAGAAAAGCAUCUCUCUUGCUAGGGGAGAGGGAGCCGGAUUCUGCCCCGGCUUCCGCAUCGCCAGCUGAGAGCGGAUCUGGAGCAGGCGGGGAAGGGGAAAUGAUGAGGAGAAGGGGCCCAGGGGUUGAUGUGGGGUUGGGUGGAGUCUUCAUGAUGUCAGCGGGCCAGUUUGAAUGUAGGUGGAUGGCCCAUAUCCUUGCAGCACCCCAGUGUGGGGCUGCAUUGGCUCCAGUGCCCCCUAGAGGUGGAAGGCAGCUGUCUCCAAGUGAGGCAGCCAGUUCCCUCCCAGUAGCACUGGUCUGACUGAGAUGUGGAUUCACUAGCAGAAAGUACAUAGAAACAUUUACUCCUUCCCUUAAAGCUGGGGUCUUUCUGGGAUUCAGCCUUCUGGGAUGGAUCCAGAACCCACCCUCUUUUUUAGUAGGGGCUGGGGCAGAUCUAGAACCCACCCCAGCAUGGUGGGAAAACUGGAACCUUCUCCACCAGUUGGGGGAAUCUGUUGAAUCUAGAACUCACUUGGUUUGGGAAAGGAGGGUCUAGAACCCGUUCCACGUGGUGAGGGAGGGCUGGGAAUCUAGAACCGGCUAGAUUGUGGUGUGGGGCAUCUGGAACACAUUCCAUUUGGUAAGGACAUGGUGAAAUCUAGAACUGUCCCACUUUGAUGAAUCUAGAACCCCCUCAGUUAUGUGGAGGCCUGAGGAAUGUAGCACUGAUUCUGGUGGAGAAUCUAAAAUGUGCUCCAUUUUGUUGUGGGCUGGGGAAUCUAGAACCCCCUCCAUUCUCUGGGGAUCUAGCCCCCACCCUGUUUUGGUGGGGGCAUGCACAUGCCCAGUGUUAUGGGGGGCUGGCGGGAGAGGGUCUGUGGACACUCAGGAGCCAUAUCAUUGCCCUGAGCAAAGAAAAAAUGUUAUUUAAAUAUUUAUUUUCGCACCCCUCUGUGGGAAUCCUGUCAUAUUUUAUUUAA